AUGAGCCAAGCGCACGAAGAAGGAAGAGAGACAGGGCGCCUAGUCCCCCGCAGAACGAGCCUGGACAUGCUGGGCCCUCCCAAGUGGAUCCAGACCCGCCCCUCCUCAGCUUCCUAUAAGGGCUGGGGACCUGGGACUACAGGUUCACUCACCAUGAGGACUCCCAUGAAACCGGGGACCUUCCUGCUGGCCUUCACGCUGCUCUGCACCCUCCUGGGUCUGGGGUGCCCGCUGAGCUGUGAAGUGUGCCGGGGCUCCGGGCCCACGUGCAGUGGAAAAAUGAAGGCCUGCGAGGCCGGCAAGGACGCAUGCGUGGUCAUCGUCGGGGAGUCGAGCACAAAGGGCCAUCACGCUCUGAACACCUACAAGGGCUGCAUGAAGUACAGCGACUGCUACUCGGGAUUCGUGUCCACCACGAUGGGCCCCAAGGACUACAUGGUGUCCAACACCCUCUGCUGCCAGAGUGAUGGCUGUAACCGUGGCUCCGUGCCCCCUCCCCAGAACAAUCGCACCGAGAACGGUCUCCAGUGCCCAGCCUGCAUCGUGCCCUUUCAGGAGACAUGCCCUGGGACCCAGGCAGCCCGCUGUGUUGGCCAGGAAACCCACUGCGUCUACUUCGCUGGCAACGUGCAGGCUGGUCUCAUCAACCCCAAAUUUGCCACUCGGGGCUGUGCUACAGAGAGUGCCUGCUACGCUAAGGCUGGGGCCCAGGUGCCUUCAGCCUCCUAUCUCUACUUCCUCCGCCGAGCAGACUGCCUUCCAGCCCCCCAGGCCCCUGGCAGGGCGGAGUGAAGAACUGAGGAAUAUGUGGCUUGAGGUCUCCAUUUGUCCUCAGCCUACACCUCCCCAUGUGCGUAUACAUUAAACAGGUUAACAAAGC